CCUUUAUAACCCCCAAUAGCUAACUCAUUCAACAUCACUUCCAAUUGGUCAAUACUCCCAACCUCCCACAAGGGAAAAACAAAAUUAAAUUAAAGAAAAAUUAAAAAAAAAAUAAUGGAGUUGAUAGACAUUGUAGUACUAUGCUUGGCGGCCUUCUUCCUCCGCAUGUGGUGGCGGCACUGUUCGACCACCGGCGGGGGGUCGAAGAACCUCCCGCCGGGGCCUCCCGGGUGGCCGGUCGUUGGAAACUUAUUCCAGGUCAUUCUCCAGCGCCGGCCAUUCAUAUUCGUCGUGCGCGACUUGCGCGAAAAAUACGGGCCCAUUUUCACCAUGCAGAUGGGGCAGCGCACGUUAGUGAUAAUCACCAGCUCGGAGCUGAUCCACGAGGCGCUGGUGCAGAAGGGCGCGCUGUUCGCGAGCCGGCCAGCCGACUCGCCCAUCCGGCUCAUAUUCAGCGUGGGGAAGUGCGCCAUCAACUCGGCGGAGUACGGCCCGCUGUGGCGGUCCCUCCGCCGCAACUUCGUGACGGAGCUGAUAAACCCGGCGAGGAUCAAGCAGUGCAGCUGGAUACGGAAGUGGGCGAUGGAGAACCACAUGAGCCGGCUCAGGGAGGAGAGUUCUCGGCUCGGCUACGUUGAAGUUAUGAGCAACUGUCGGCUCACGAUUUGCAGUAUUCUUAUCUGCUUGUGUUUUGGUGUGAAAGUUUCUGAAGAAAAAAUCAAAGUUAUCGAGAGCGUGUUGAAAGAUGUGAUGAUAAUGACGCUGCCGAAGCUGCCGGACUUCCUGCCGGUGCUCACGCCGCUGUUCCGCCGCCAGGUGAAGGAGGCGAGGGAGCUGAGGAGGCGGCAGCUGGAUUGCCUGGUGCCGCUGCUGCGAGACAGGCGGGCCUUCGUGGAGAGCGGAGGCGACGCUAGCUCGACGGCGGCGGAGAUGGCCAGCCCGUUCGGCGCGGCUUAUAUAGACUCGUUGUUCGGGCUGGAGCCGCCGGGGAGAGGGAAGCUUGGGGAGGAAGAGAUAAUUACGCUGUGCUCGGAGACGAUUAACGCCGGCACCGACACCAGCGCCACCACGCUCGAGUGGGCCCUACUGCAUUUGGUGCUGAAUCAAGAAAUCCAGGAGAAACUGUACAACGAGGUGGUGGACUGCGUCGGAAAAGAUGGGCCGGUGACGGAAAGUGACGUCGAGAAAAUGACGUACCUCGGAGCUGUGGUGAAAGAAACUUUCCGGCGACACCCACCUAGCCAUUUUCUUCUCUCACAUGCAGCCACGGAAGAAAUCGAGCUGGGCGGGUACAAAAUUCCGGCGGACGUGAACGUGGAGUUCUACACAGCGUGGCUGACGGAGAACCCGGAGAUGUGGGAGAACCCUAGCGAAUUCCGGCCGGAGAGAUUCCUCACCGGCGACGGAGUAGAGGUUGACAUCACCGGAAUGAGGGGGGUGAAGAUGCUGCCGUUCGGGGCUGGCCGGAGAAUAUGCCCGGCGUGGAGUUUGGGUACGCUGCAUGUGAACCUCAUGCUGGCGAAGCUGGUCCAGGCUUUCAAAUGGAUCCCCAUUCCGGGUUGCCCGCCCGACCCGGCUGAGACUUUUGCAUUCACUGUUGUCAUGAAGGAUCCACUGAAAGCAGUAAUUCUGGCCCGGACAAAUAUUUGAAUUAUUUCUUUGGUGCGGCCCGGCCCGGCCCGUCUGAGCAAUUCCACGUGAACCCCUAUCGCAGUAUAUUGAAUGCUAUUAUUAUAUAUAUACUUUGAUCUGUUUAAUUUUAAUAUAGCUUUUUAUUUUUAUUUUAUCUUUUCUGCUUAAUUUAAACAAAUAUUUAAAGUGUGUUUUUUUUAGUAUUUUUCUUUUGUUAAAUCUGAUAUUUCUGUAUGUAAAAGUGCUUAAUUUGUUCUAAGCUCAAUAUAUAUAUAAUAUAAUAUUAUUAUUUUUUAUAUUUAUGUAACUUUCACUAUAUUGAAUCUUUUCUUGAAAUAAUUUAUAGCAUUUUCUAUUAAGUAAAUGAGUUUAUAUAUAUGUAAUUUUGUU